UAAUCAGUUUCUGAACGAAAAUUGUGGUGUGAUGUCGAUGUCGAUUUGUGUACAUGGCAAAAAUUAAAUUCUAUAAGCUUUUACAGUGAAAAUGCAGUGAAUAUUUGAUGUAAUUACUAUCAGUGAACAAGUAAAAUCAUGGCAUUCGUCAGUGCUGUGACCGGCGAUGACUCCACAAAGAAAUUUAUGGAAGUUUUGCAGAAUGACUUCAAGACCCUCAGUUCGGAGACCAGAAAGAAAUAUCCUCAGAUAAGAGAGGCAUGUGAUGAAGCUAUCGAGAAGCUGUCCCUUGCCGCCAACAACCCUCAAGCGUCCCUGUACGGAGUAGUCAAUCAGAUCCUGUACCCGCUGGUGCAAGGAUGCGAGUCCAAGGAUAUGAAGAUUAUAAAGUUCUGUCUCGGCACGAUCCAGCGGCUCAUCGCUCAGCAAGGCAUUGACGCAAAGGGUGCUCGGCACGUGGUGGACUGCCUCUACAACCUGGGCCAGGGCCACGUGCUCGAGCUGAAGCUGCUGCAGACCGCCGCGCUGCUGAUGACCACGUCUGAUCUGGUGCACGGAGACACACUGGCUAGGUUGAUGGUGCUGUGCAUGCGCAUGGUGGUGGCGUCGGAGGCGCGCGACGCGAGCACGGCGCACGCGGCCGCCGCCACCGCGAGGCAGCUGGUCGCGCUGGUCUUCGAACGAGCAUUGGCUGAGGCUAAUGGUCAACUAAAGGUGAACCCAGCGGACGUGAGGCCACAGAGCAACAGCAAAGCACCCAAAGACCUGAAGCCUUGCGCCGCCGAUGCCUUCCUCAUACUACAGGACAUAAUCCAGCUAGUGAACGGCGACGCGGCGAGCUGGCUGGUGGGCAUGACCGACGUGCCCAAGACAUUCGGCCUGGAGCUACUGGACACGGUGUUAACUGACUUCGCGCCUGUGUUCUUUAAGAUAAACGAAUUCAGAUUCCUUCUGAAGGAGCAUGUGUGUGCGCUGAUUAUAAGACUGUUUUCUCCAAAUGUCAAAUACCGAGCGGCGCUAACAGCGGCGCACAUCCCGGGCGCGCCGCCGUCCCCCCCGCGCCCCCUGUACCCGGUCAGCAUGCGCCUCCUGCGCCUCGUGUCCGUGCUGGUGCACAAGUACCACGCCGCGCUGGUGACGGAGUGUGAGAUAUUCCUGUCGCUGACCAUCAGGUUCCUGGACCCCGACAAGCCGCUGUGGCAGCGAGCCCUGGCCUUAGAAGUGCUGCACAAGAUGACUAUACAACCACAGCUCCUGAAAUCGUUCUGCGAAUGCUACGACAUGAAGCCGCACUCCACCAACAUAUUCCAGGACAUCGUGAAUGCGCUGGGGGCCUAUGUCCAGAGCCUGUUCGUCGCUUCUCAAGUCAAUACGCCCGCCGGAGCCCAGGGUAUCCCUCAACAGCCAGGGUUCUACUGGAAGGGCGUCUGGCUACCGCUCUGCGUCACUUUCGAACCUGGGACCGCGAAAUCUGUGUAUCUAGAGAUGCUGGACCGCACCGAAGCGCCCUCUAUCCAGGACGGCUACGGCAUCUCGGUGGCGUACGCGUGCCUCAUGGAGGUGAUCCGCUCCACGGCCAUCACCGUCGAGGGCGACCAGUACUUCAGACUACAAGAACUGUACGAUGACGGUCAAAAUGAAGAAGAAAAAGAAAUCAACUCAAACAACAAAAUUGAAAAUUCUAACACAGAUAACGGAGUGAAGACAGAGACGGAAACAGUAACGAGUAAUGGUCACAACGGGGAGGAGGACCAGAACUCCAAUAUCACGGAGAAAACAGAAGAAGUCGAGGACAAAGAGAAAGAGAUUUGUUUACAGCUGCUAAAGUCGUCGUGGUGCGGCCUCGUGUGGGGCAUGUCGGUGUUGGCUGAAGCCAGCAUCGGGGAGCUGGAGGCCAUCCUGCGGGCCAUACAGACCCUCGCCAGGGUCAGCGGGAAGGUCGGCCACGCAUCAGGCCGAGACGCGUGCAUAUCAGCCAUCUGCCGUUGCGCCCUACCCGCCCAGUACGGGGUGGCCGCCCUAUCCGCCCUGCCCUGCCCGUGGCGGCGGGACCCGGCGCCGCCCCCAGACCACGAUUAUAGGCAUCAGCUGGUGUGGGUUGGGACGCCGUUGCCUACCCCCGAUUUACCGUCAGGCCAACAGCAGUCCUUCGUGAUGGUGACGUCCCGCCACGUGACGGCCAUGAAGGCUCUGCUCUGCGCCGCCCAGCGUGACGGAGAUGCCCUGCAGCAGGCCUGGCUGCCGCUGCUGACGACGCUGCAGCAUUUGGUGUGGAUCCUCGGCCUCAAGCCCUCAACCGGCGGCAGUAUGAAGGCCAGUCGCUCCAGUCCCGACGCCAACGCCGUCAUGAGCACCAAUGCAGUCAUGGCCGACCUGCCUGGUCAGCAAGUUUCUGUAGCGGAGUCUCUCGGAGUCAUGAGUGCUCUAUCAGCAAUGCUGUCGCGAGUGUUCGAGUCUUCCAAGAACCUGGACGAUGUGGCGCUCCAUCACUUGAUAGACGCGUUGUGUAAGCUCAGCAACGAGGCUAUGGAACUGGCGUAUUCUAAUCGGGAACCAUCUCUUUUCGCCGUGGCAAAACUUCUAGAAACCGGUUUAGCCAACCUUCACAGGAUCGAAGUUAUGUGGAGACCAAUAACUAAUCAUUUACUUGAGGUGUGCCAGCAUCCACACAUCCGCAUGCGCGAGUGGGGCGUGGAGGCCAUCACGUACCUGGUGCAGGCCGCCUUCCAGCAUCACCACGCCAACCCGGCGCUAGUUACCGAGGCCCGCCAACGGCUCCUCCUGGAACCUCUCUCCGAACUAUCCUCAGUCCGGCACUGCGACGUGCGAGCGAGACAGCUGGAGUGCUGCGCGCGUCUCCUUCACUCGCGCGGGGAGCAGCUGGGCGCCGCCUGGCCGCUGCUCAUACACAUCGUGGGCGCCACCAGCCCCAGCCACAGUGAACAGCUGAUCCGGUCUGCCUUCCAAUGCGUGCAGCUGAUAGCUGGGGACCUACUCGGAUGGGCCGGCCCGAGGUGCCUCAAUCAGGUACUGUCGGCGGCAGCAGCCUUCGCUAGUCAAACCAAAGAACUCAACAUCAGUCUCAGUGCCGUUGGCCUUAUGUGGAACAUAUCGGACUAUCUGUACCACAAUCGCAACAAGCUGGCGACGUUGCUGGAGGCGCCGCCCGCCCCCGCCGCGCCGCCCGCCCUCAAGCACCUCGACCACACGUGGAUCUGUCUCUACGUGAGACUCAGCGAGCUAUGCACGGAGCCCCGAGCACCGGUCCGCCGCGCCGCCACACAGACGCUAUUCAGCUGCAUCGGGGCCCACGGGUCCCUACUGAGCCCUAAUGCCUGGACCGCGCUUCUACACGUGUUGUACCCUAUGCUGAGUCAGGUACAAAGGCUAUCGAACGAAGCCAGUGCGGAGAAGGUGGACACCGGAGAGCACAUCCUGAUACAUCACACCAGGAACACAGCGCAGAAACAGUGGGCUGAGACUCAGGUACUGACGUUAUCGGGCGUGUGUCGCGUGUUCCACUCGCGCUUCCCGCUGCUGGCGUCGCUGCAGAACUUCCCGCGGCUGUGGCGCGCGCUGCUGCGGCUCGUGGCGGACGCGGCGCGAACCAGGAGCCACGAGGUGUCGCUAGCAGCUCUAAAAUCCUUCCAAGAAAUCGUCUCCGCAGCCGGCCGAUGGGAGACCGAAGAUACAGAGCUUAGGGCUCAAGUGUGGGCGCUGGCGUGGGAGGCCUACACCGACAUCGCCGCGCCCGCCGCGCAGGAACAAGUGAUAUCGGAAGAAGGCAAGCCGCUAGAAGUGUACACCCCCUCUCUCAGCUUCCUCACCACGCUGGUGCAGAUCUUCCCGCUCAUCUUCCAGCACAUACGGCCCACCUUCACCCCCGAGGACGUGAAGCGCCUAGGCCAAUGCCUCACUCACAUCUGUCUCGUGGAGCCGUCGCCCGCGCCGCUGGACACGCUCGCCCCCGCCCCCGCCCCCGCCCCCCACGCGCUGCACUGCCUGCAAACCGUCAUGAAGGAAGCCCUAGAGCGUCAAGAGCUCCUCCCCGAAGUGUUGUUCGCGCUGACCUCCCUGGCGCGGGCGGGGGGGGGGCUGCGCUGCCUCGCCGCCGCCGCCGCCGCGCACCGCGCCGCGCCUUCACCUCUUACACUGACGCAUUUACUGCAGGCGCUGCACACGACGCUCCUACAGUGCAGCGAGGGCGGGCGGGCGAACCGGCGCCGCGCGGCCGACUCCGCCGCGGAGGGCGCGCAGAUCGCCGGUCUGUUGCUACAGGUGCUAUCGUCAGGUCUUCCACUGGCCAGAGAGAAGCCGGACGAAUACAAGGAAUUCUGGGACAAGCUGCCCGCUGUGUUGGAAAGCUUUAUGUUUCAACCACCUGAAGGCAGCACAAGCAGCAGUCGAGAGCUAGUCCUGCUCAUAAGGUCGGAAGUCCUGUGCGCGUCGCCGCGAGGUGCGCAGGCGCCGCCCCGCGCGCCGCGCGCCGCCGCCGCCGCGAUUUUGAACCUUGUGAGGCGCGGCUCUUCGCACACGCAAGGGGAUAGCCAGACAGAUAAUGAAACAGAACUCCGUGAAAGAGAAGAGUUUGCGCGGACUUGCUUCGAGACUCUGCUGCAGUUCUCAAUGUUGGAAGAUAUCGACCCCUUGACCGACGCUAACGGAGAUGACCCUCUGGCCGUGGCGGCGCUACUAGACAGGUUUCAAGAAGUCAUCGUUAAAUAUAAUCAGGAUGAAAACAGUACCGAAGAAUUACCUAGGCAUCAAUUAUCAGAAAUAUCGUUUGUGCUGAAAGCGCUGGCGACCCUCACUGAAUCCAUGAAGAAAGCGCCCCCGGGGAAGGUGGACGCGGCCGCCUGGAAGAAACUCAUCGACCUCUACCCCCUCCUAGUGCCACUCUCCUCGAGCGGCGCGCGCGCGGCGGGCGGCGCCCUGCGAGCCGCUCUGCUGCAGUACGCGGACCUGCUGCGCCCGCCCGCCUAGCGCCAGGUCUACACCACGUGGCUGUGAACUGUGUGACUCCCGGAAUAUUAUCUGUGGUGGGUCCUGGACUAUUGAUGACAAGUGUGUUGGCUCCUGGACUAUUGAUGACAAGUGUGGUGA